AUGAGCGCGAUGCACAGCCCUUAUUUUGACAGCACGGGUGAGUUCUACCAUAGCACAGUCUCGGAGUCCGCGGCCUGCCGCGGCUCUUCUUCGGGCGGCAAUGGAUACGGCUAUGCCCACAGCCCACGGUACUACAACAUGUAUUAUAACACCGCACCAGGAGGAGGUGGUGGUGGGGCCUACCAUCCCAUCGAGACCGACCCCGCGUCUGUCCAGUGCCUCACCGCACCGGUCGGGGAGCAAGGUUGUUACGGGAACAUCCUUUGCGAAGCGGCAGCUACGGGGAAUAGACCCCCGUCUAACGGCAGCUCUGACUCGGCCGACGAGGAGGGGGACGAGGAUGGAUUGAACACCGGGGAAAGGUUACGGACGGCUGGGGGAACGACGUCGAAGAAGAUCUACCCAUGGAUGACUGAAUCGCGACAGAACAGCAAGCAUAAGAUCAUUUCUGCAAGCGAGAAAAAGAAACAGCUUGAGUUAGCAGCCAGUAAGCGCAACCGGACCGCAUUCACCAGCGCCCAGCUCGUCGAAUUAGAAAAAGAAUUCCACUUCAACCGCUACCUCUGCCGUCCCCGUCGAAUCGAGAUGGCUGGAUCCCUCAGCCUGACGGAACGUCAGAUCAAGAUCUGGUUCCAGAACAGACGGAUGAAGUACAAACGAGAUGCUAAGGAGAGCGAGCGAGCAGAGAGAGGGAUUAAAGUCUCAGACUCGGUACUGGCUCGCCAGUCAGAGAGGAGCCCACGGUUCAUAGCCGCGAGCGGUGCCUCUAUGAUGUUAAACUACCCGCCGGGAAACGGCGUGGUCGCCCCCGGUGCAGGUGCUGCCUCGCAGUGUAUGGAUGGAAGGAACUUUCAUCAUGGAGGGGGAGGAAUAUAUAACCGUUUCCCCUACCCGCAGGAGCAAACAAUGAAUGCAUCACCUAGACUCACAAAUUUGUGACAAAACGGAAGCAACCCCAAAAGGUCAUCCAUGGACAUGAUAGUUUUUUUCAAGAAUGAUGGCCUAAAAGUUACGUUUCUAUGCAAAUAAGAACACUUUUGUCGUCUAGUUCGUGUGCGUAUGGCAAUUGCAAUGAUAACGUUAAGACCAAUCUACCUUCUGUGGACAGCGUCGUAAACUAUAUCACUGGUCUUUUGACAUACGCAUGAACAAUCGACAGAAACAAAACGCUUUAUUUAUUUCGAAUAAGUUACAAACUUUUUCGUAAGUAUUUUGUAUGGCCAAGUUCGACUUAAGUCAGCUCUGUUUGGACUCAAAGCUAGUCGACUUGUUGGAACCAGCCUACCUAUACUUGGAACAGUCACAUAAUUGGUUAUCAAAAUGCAUUAUUACAGCACAGUGCAGAGAGUACCAGUUAUAAUGUUGAUUCGACAUUAUUCACUUAGACUUUUUUUACCAACUUUUGCAACAACAAUAAUUAUUGAAAUAAAAAGCUAUCCAUAAAAACAAUUCGGGGUACUGUUCGUCAAUAAUAGCCGAGGAACGCAGAUAAGUUAACUUUCGUGCACUUUGUGGUAAAAGCAUGAAACUUGGCAAAUAUAUUGUAAACUUUACACCAAAACAUGCAAUUUUAGAUAAUUUUAGAUUUGGCCUUGGGUGGACUUGGCGGCCAUUUAAAAUGGCCGCCAAUUCUGAUAUAAAACUACAUAAUACUAAUUUUAAGGGUAAAAAUGAAUCUUUGAUUUGGCCUUGGGUGGACUUGGCGGCCAUUUAAAAUGGCCGCCAAUUCUGAUAUAAAACUACAUAAUACUAAUUUUAGGUACAAAUUAACAAAAUAGUCCGUGUGUGUUCGAUGUAGAUUUCAUAAACUCGUCCAAAACAUAAACAAACUGACCACUGUUAUGAUUGCAUUGACUUGACAUGGCUUGCUUGGGUGUUUCGCACUUUAACUUCAGUGCGCAUGCCCAAUGCGCAUCACUAAUCAACAUCUAUUGUUUAAUCGAUGUGCGAACUCGAUUCAUUAUGACACUGUUGUAAUCAUUUGGACAAUUUGUGAAGUUGUUUUGUAUCAAUUCAAGGAAUUAAGUUCUGAAUUGAUUUAUGUUAUUGUCCCACGUGAUAUUGUGACUCAAUCCAACAUUAAUGUGUUGAAUGUUUUUAAACGAACCUCGAAUAUUGGCUAAAAUCACUCUAAUCUUGCAUAUGUCCACAAUAAACCACGUGGGUAAAUUUCCAAGAGAUUGAAUAAUUAUUAUUACAUGUUUUUCUUUCUAUGUUUGUAACUGCUCAAGUUGUUCGUGAAGGUUGGGAAUGCAUUUCGGUCAGUCGAAGAACUGACUGACCGACUUUGACCAAUGAGGGCAGUGUUUUAUGAGUAUAUUUCAAUGUCGAAAAUUGUGGUCAUAUCAUUCAUAAGCUUUUUUUUUUAGACAUGGCCGACACAAUGCUA